UCUCUUUCUAUCUCUCCACAAAAAGGCAUAAUAAAGCCCUUUAAGUGAGUCUCUACUCUUUUUCUUGUGUGUGUGUGACAAUUGAAUUCUCUUCUGGAUUCCAUAACGUUUCUUGGGUGGUAACAUUACCAUGCAGCUAUAUCAUCAUCCUUUUUCCUUGGACAGCCAGAAAGUGAGACUUACUCUGGAAGAGAAAGAGAUCGAUUACACGUCGCAUCAUGUGAACCCUUUAACUGGCAAGAACAUGGAUGCAUUUUUCUUCAGGAUGAAUCCAAGUGGCAAAAUUCCAGUUUUACAGAAUGGUUCUCACAUCAUAUUUGACACUAUUGAGAUAAUUCAGUAUAUCGAAAGAAUUGCAGAAAAAGUGUCUUCUGGUGGAAACAAUCUGAACCUUAGCAGUAAAGAAGUUGUUGAGUGGAUGCAUAAAAUACAAGAAUGGGAUGCAAUGUACUUUACCCUUUUCCAUGUCCCUGAGAAGUAUCGGCUAUAUGUUUUUAAAUUCCUGAGGCGUGUGAUAAUGGCCCGAAUGGCUGAAUCUCGUGACUUAGCAAGUGCCUACCACUGUAAGUUAAGAGAGGCAUAUGAUAGAGACGAGAAGUUGAAUAAUGCUGAAGUUUUGAGACGUAGUGAGAAUCAUCUAGCAAGACUUCUUGAUGAAGUGGAACUCAAACUUGGUGAAACAUCAUAUCUAGUCGGGGAAGAUUUCAGUCUAGCUGAUGUAAUGCUCAUUCCUAUUCUAGCUAGACUAGAACUGUUGAACUUGGAAGACGAGUACAUAAACAGUCGUCCAAACAUAGCAGAUUACUGGGUGCUUGUUAAGCAAAGACCCAGUUAUAAGAAGGUGAUUGGUAAAUAUUUUGAUGGAUGGAAAAGACGGAAAACUCUGCUGAAAACAUGGUGCUUCAUCCGUGUCAGAAGCAUGCUCCGAAAAUAUUGAGAGUUCAAUACUGGAGAGGAAAAGCACUUGCAUAGUGCAACUUCAUCCUUUCCUUUUCUUGCUGUCCAGCUUAUUGUCUUUUUCUUUCUUCCUUUUCUUUUUGGUGGCAGUCACAUAGUGUAAUUGUAAUAAUUGUUAAGAUGAUCUGAUAUUUUGCUUUGUGUCUGUUUGCACUUUUUUGUAACUGAGAAAGGAAGUCAUCUGCAAUUGUUAAUAUAUAUGAAAAAUCAAAAGUUUGGUUAUUGUUGAGACCUGA